CUGCAGAGGGGUGCUCAGCGCUGCCUCAGGACGGGCCUGCCCUGUGCUGCCUCGGGACGGGCUUGGGUUAUUUUAAACUACCAGAGCCACCUUCACAAGGGGGUCCACAGAACUCACAUAGGAGCCACCAUGAGAUCAGAACCCACCAAUGCAGCAGGAAACACCACACUGGGGGUCACCUCUAUCCUUCAGAGCACCUCAGUCCCCUCUUCUGAGACCUGCCACAUCUCCUACGAGGAAAGCAGAGUGGUCCUGGUGGUGGUGUACAGUGCAGUGUGCCUGCUGGGCCUACCGGCCAACUGCCUAACUGCCUGGCUGACGCUGCUGCAAGUCCUGCAGAGGAACGUGCUAGCCGUCUACCUGUUCUUUCUGUCCCUCUGUGAGCUGCUCUACAUCAGCACGGUGCCAUUGUGGAUCAUCUACAUCCAGAAUCAGCACAAAUGGAACCUGGGUCUGCAGGCCUGCAAGGUGACUGCUUACAUCUUCUUCUGCAACAUCUACAUCAGCAUCCUCUUGCUCUGCUGCAUUUCCUGCGACCGCUACAUGGCCGUGGUCUAUGCACUGGAGAGUCGUGGCCACCGCCGCCAGAGGACUGCCGUCACCAUUUCUGCGUGUGUGAUUAUUCUUGUUGGACUCGUUAACUAUCCAGUGUUUGACAUGAAAGUGGAGAAGAACUUCUGCUUCGAGCCCCUGAGGAUGAACAGCAGGAUAGCCGGCUACCACUACCUGCGUUUCACCUUUGGCUUUGCCGUCCCUCUCGGCAUCCUGGCAUUCACCAAUCACCAGAUCUUCAGGAGCAUCAAGCUCAGUGACAGCCUGAGUGCUGCGCAGAAGAACAAGGUGAAGCGCUCCGCCAUCGCGGUCGUCGCCAUCUUCCUGGUCUGCUUUGCUCCCUACCACGUGGUGCUCCUCAUCAAAGCUGCCAGCUUUUCCUUCUACCAAGGAGACAGGAACGCCGUGUGUGCCUUUGAAAGCAGACUGUACACAGUCUCUAUGGUGUUUCUGUGCCUGUCUACAGUCAACAGUGUGGCUGACCCCAUCAUCUACGUGCUAGGUACAGACCACUCUAGGCAAGAAGUGUCCAGAAUCCACACAGGGUGGAAAAAGUGGUCCACAAAGACAUAUGUUACAUGCUCAAAGGACUCUGAGGAGACACACGCACCCAUAGCGCUUGCAAACACAUACACCUUCCCCGAUCCUGAGCACCCUCCAGGAUCACAGCCAGCAAAGCUAGGUUGACUGUGCUCGCCAGAGAGACUGCCUGAGGAGCUCUGCUAAGCGGGCUCACCAGUCACACAUACCCGAUCCUUUGAGUCACCCCCUGGGGUGUCCACAGUACUUUGUUGGAACACACACUGCUGAUCUUUCCUUCCUAAGGCCACCAACUCUAAAAGUAUCUGUUCCUUAGAUGCCCAGGACUUCAGGCUCCCCUCUACGGAAAGCGGGGCUUGCUAAGGAGAGUGUGGCUCUUAAGAGAGCUCUUUAUCAGCAGUGUGCUCAGCAGGGCACUUGGCAGAACACUUUAUUUCCCCAUUGUCCAGGGGCUAACGCAGUUCAUCUUGGAGCUUUCCACAGAGAUGGAAGUGAACUGAGUUCAGAGUUACCUCCAUGGGAAUAGGAGUCCAACCCCUGUGGGCUCCCACUGGGGGCUGGUUAUGAGUGCACAUAAUUGUCUUCUGGAGGAGCCAUGGAGCACAGCGGCCAGUUGCUCCAGCUCCUAGUAGCCCCGGAUAUCCUCCCCAGGGGCCCCUCAACCAUUUACAUUAGGAAGUGCUAGUGGACACCCCAGGAAUAGGUUGGUAUAGCUGCUACCAGAUAAGGGGAUAUCUGGCAUCUGGCAUGUCUUUCUUUGCCUUGCAACUUCUGGCCUUGACCUCACAGGGGAGGUAGGCUGGGGCUCCUGAGAGGGCUAGCCAGGAGCAGCCCCACUCUGCCUGUCUUCUCCAGUGUUGACUCUGAGUCAAAUCCCGGCUCUGCUCCAAGAGCCUUGUCUUGCUGAGUCAUUCUUGUGCUACCUCACUGGGUCAUUCGCUGCUGGGACUGACACCGCCCCCUACCCCACCCCACCCCACCCCAGAGGCUUCUGAUACACUUGGACCCUGAGUUUGGUGGGCCUCUGAUCUUUCGGAAGCACACACAACACGGAUGCUGCACUGGGACUGUGACCUCAGAGGUUAACUUCAGUUCUACCUUGUAAGAAGUACUGAGAAUAAGCACACAGACUUCCUUUCCUUGCUGUUGGGCAUUUUUGAUUGUUUUCUUUUUUUUUUUUUUUUUUUUUGAGACGAGGUUUCUUGCACCUCAGAGACUGAUCUUAAACUCACUAAGUAACACAGGAGGACCUGUUUUCUCCUGAUUCUGUCUGCUGUCCCCAUCUCUGGGGGUGGAAUUACAAGAAUGCACCAGCAGC